UGUGUUCCUGUCUCAGCAGGAUGAGCUGGGAUUCAGCAUGGGACCAGAAAAUGGAACAGCAGUUACUGAGUUCAUCCUAGAGGGUUUCCCAGAGCUUGAUCCAAGACUGCAGCUAUUUUUCUCUGGGGUCCUUCUGCUCAUGUACGUGACAACAGUGAUGGGGAAUGCAACCAUCAUUUUCCUCGUGUGUGUGCAUCACCACCUGCAAACCCCCAUGUACUUUUUCAUCAGCAACCUGGCCUUCCUGGAGAUCUGGUUUACAUCCUCCACAAGCAUCAAACUGUUUGUCAUGCUGAGUUGUGGCCAGAACAGUCUCUCACUGAGCAGCUGCUUUGCCCAGAACUAUUUCUAUUUUGCUCUGGGCUGCACAGAGUUUGUCCUGCUGGUUGUCAUGGCCUUUGACCGCUAUGUUGCCAUCUGCCACCCUUUGCUCUACGCUGCCAUCAUGAAGCCUCAGCUCUGUGUCCGCCUGGUUGUUGCUGCUUGGGUCCUGGGCUUUGCCCUGCUGAGCUACCGGCUGCUCUUCCUCUCUGAGCUGUCUUUCUGUGGCUCCAAGAUCCCCCAUUUCCUUUGUGACAACUCCCCCUUGUUCAGACUGUCCUGCUCUGACACCAGCCUGCUUUGGAAAACAGACUCUGUCUUCAUAUCGUGUGUUGUGCUGGGUUCGUUAUGUUUGACUCUGACAUUUUACACUUGCAUCCUUUCCUGUGUUCUGCAUCUUCCAGCAGCCUCUGGGAGGAAGAAAGCUUUGACUACGUGUUCUUCCCAUCUCAUCACCUUAUCCAUUGUCUAUGGGAGCUGCAUUGCUCUCUACACGUGUCCUGCAGAAGAUGUUUCCUUGAGGACCAACAGAAUUGUAGCUCUGCUGAACACAGUCCUGUACCCAUUCCUAAAUCCAUUCAUCUACAGCCUUCGGAACAAAUCUGUGAUCCUGGCCCUGAACAAAACCAUUGCCAGGGCAAGAACAAAGCUUUUCCCCUAACCAUGGUGCAUUUCUGGAAAGCCAUCCCAAGAAUCUGGGAUCAUGUGUUACCCAAUACCAGUGCCUGUGUGUGCAGCCUCCAAACACGGCUGCCUCAGGAGAUGGAUGCUCCUGCAGGGCUGUGUCAGGUUAAGAGGUAAGAGACUCAUCUGCACACCCAGGCAGGGCAGCAACAAUGGCAGGAGGAGAAACUCAGUUCAUUCUCUGCCCUGGCUGCUCCCAGGCCCAUCUCUGGAGAGCCACCAGCUCAUUAAGAGCCCAUCUCCAAAAGAGAGAAGAGCUCAGAGGAACAGUGCAAGUGACAAUCCAAAUUACAGCUCCUGAGCAAUGGACCCCCUGUCCCAGCUCCUUUCCUGGGACAGCCACCAGCCCUGGUGCCCAGUUUGAAACCCCAAAGUCACUGAGAGCAGGUCACCAUUUGGACUAAGGAGAUUGGUGCCCUGGUGUGUAGGACUGAUUAUGGGAUGGAGGGGAAGAGCAGUUUCGGAUAGCACAGGACUUGUGGGAAGGUAAGGACUCAACCAGAGCAGUCUGCCCUGUGUUCUCAUUUACCUUAGAUUCUACCUCCUGUGUGAGCAAAUCUCUGUUCUGCCUGAGCACAGGAGCCUGGGGGUGUGAGGGCAGCAGCUGGAGGAGGGCACAAACAGCCCAUCUGCCAAUGGUGCCGGCCACAGAGUGACCAGAGGGACUGGACUGAAGGGUUUGGGGUGUGGGGGUGUCUGGUCUGCACCAGCACCUCAAUGGGGCUGUGGCCUCGGGGCUCAGCUGUGCCAAUGCCUCAGCUGGUGAGACUGGAAUCCAGGGGAAGCUGCUGAGCAGAGGAGUGUCUGAGCACAGCUGCUGCAGGGAUCCGUGUACAGGGAUGGACAUGGAAUGGGACAGAAUGGACCAGGAUAGGCCAUUGGGAAUGAUCUGCAGUUCAGAGCAGAAUGAUGGUCUGGUCCAUCUGCCCGAGCCCUCCAGGGCUGACCAAAAGUUAAAGCAGUCAUUCAGGGCACUGCCCAAAUGUCUCUUCAACACUGACAGGCUUGGGGCAUCAACCACCUCUCCAGGGAGCCUGUUCAGUGUUUGACCUCCCUCUCAGGAAAGAAACACUUUCUCCUGUGCAGUCUAAACCGUCCCUGGUACAGCUUUGAACCAUUCUCACACGUUCCAUCACAGGAUAUCAGGGAGAGGAGAAAGGGAAAUGCAGGGCAGAGCCAGGGGUGCAGUGAGAUGGGAGUGUGCAGCCUGCAGGGACACAGGGACAGCUGUGGGACAGCGCAGGACAAGCUGUGCUGGGCAUGGCCAAGGGCCCUGGCAGGGCUGGCAGUGCCCAGGAGAAGCCAAGUCUUGGUGCCCUGGGGCACAGCAGGGUCUGUGCCACCAAGGGCUGUGAGGGGACGCCUUGUCCUGAGGCCCUGGGGCCUCCUGGCACAGCCCCAGCAAGGCUGGGCACUGUCACCCCCUUGUCCUGCCCUCAGCAUCGUCCCUCCUCUCAGGACCUGAGGUUGAAGGGCUCAGCAAUAAACGCACCACGGGGCUCAGUGGGAUCAAGCAAGUCCUGACAAACCAUGGCUGUGCCUUGAUUUCCCCCUGUUCUGGUGCAGUUCAUCAGGAAGGUUUUCUGCUACAGUUAUGGAGAAAGAUUUCAAAGACCUUCUAAGAAAUACACAUUCCUGUUAGAAAGGGUGUCUUUUAUUACACUUCUCUUUGGAGCAGAGGUGACUGCAGCAUUCUGUGAUUGACAUUGAUCCAGGGUCUCUCCUCAGUAGGCCUGGCCUGCUCAGAGAAGCUGUGCCUUGAGGGCUGAGCCAGUGUGGACAACCUUGCUGCACAUUGCCCAAGCCCAUCCUGUGUGUCCUCCCUCACCUGGGACCUGCUUUGCUUGGAGAGCUGCCUGCACUCAGGAAUAAAGGGAGUUUCUAGUUUUUGAA